AUGAAUGUGCGCAGCCCCGAACGUCGCUCGGCGUUCUGCUACCGUGACGUUUUCUUUUACCGCUCACUCUCGCGCCGCAGUUGCGUGUGCAUCAGUGGUGUAGCUCGUCGUAGCUCGCAAUGUCUGGGUGUUACUACCCUCGAGCGUACCUCCUGCGACUCGGUCGGGUCUCGUCUAUUCCCUGUCGCUGAGCAUGACGAGUCAGCCCCGCGCCGUGUUCAUCGCGUGUCUACUUCCGUCGUUCAUCCGUCUCUUGCUCCGUAUCUAAGCACAGUGUAUAACGCCAUCACUCAUGACGUAUCGGUGCUUUCUCUACCCUCCGCUUUGACCCACAGCGUGAAGCCCGUAUGUUACACAGUCCCUAUUCUACUUCUUACGUUGGUGUGGACGUACCUGUCGGUUAUUACUAGGUCCAUAGUGUUUCCUCGCGUUCAUUUCGGUGACCCUACCUACCAUUCCCCUCGUCUACAAGGCGCGUGGUGA